CCACUUGCGAUAUGACACCCUAGCUCAGAUGCUGACUUUAGGAAACGUCCGUGCUGGCAACAAGAUGAUCGUAAUGGAGACCUGUGCAGGUCUGGUGCUGGGCGCGGUGAUGGAACGAAUGGGAGGCUAUGGAACCAUUAUCCAGAUGUAUCCAGGAGCUGGACCUGUUAGAGCUGCUACCAGUUGUUUUGGAUUUCCAAAACCUUUUUUUGACAAUCUUCAUGAAUUUCCUCUCAGCAAAAUGGAUAGUCUCCUCCUUGGGACACUUCCUACAGAGACUCUGCCUUCGGCACCUGAAGAGAACGCAUUAGUGGAAGAAGAGAGCAAUGGGCUGGCUGAUGAGAGGCAGCCUUGCCUACAGGAGACGGAAGAGGAGUCUCCUACUGACGCAGCUAUGGAGAUCAACCAAACUGAAGAGCAGGAAAAAAUGACUGUUAACGCCGAAGAUGUAGAAUUCAAAGAGAACAAAGAGAAAGAAAAUGUUCGGGAAAAGCAAAGAAAACAGUGGGAGAGAAGGAAAAAGCUAAUAGAAACUGCUGCUUUGCUAAGGGAGAAGAAUGCUGAUGGGUGA